AUGUCAAGAGUUUCAAGUACUCCACCACCAGAAGAAAUGUCCAGCAAGCCCAUAGCUGACAGCCAGUGCACUACAGGCAUCAAAGUAGUGAAAUUCAAACACCUGUGGACCAUCAGAAACUUUACCCUUUGCCUAACAGGAAUGGGUGAAGCCAUGAAAAGUUCCGUCUUUGCAUGUGGAACUAAUGAUCAACUGAAAUGGUAUUUACGAUUAUACCCAAUGGGACACAAUGAAGAAAACAAAGAUUACCUUUCCCUGUACCUGUGUCUGGUCAGCUCACCAAAUCAUGAAGCACUAGCAAAAUUUAAUAUUUACAUUGUGAAUGCCAAGGGAGAGAAUACCAAAGUUAUGGCAAAUCAAGAAGUUUGUAGAUUCAUGGAAGGAGAAGGCUGGGGAUUCAUGAAAUUUAUCCGUAGAGAUAUGGUUUUGGAUAAGGCCAAUGGGCUUCUCCCUGAUGACAAGCUUACCUUACUCUGUGAGGGGAAAGUGGAAGAAGAUUCCACCAACAUUUCCAGCCAGAACACCAUGAAUAUGGUGAAGGCUCCUGAGUGCUGGUUGCCAGAUGAGCUAGGAGGACUGUGGAAGCAUUCCCGGCUCACAGACUGCUGCCUGUGUGUGUCUGGCCAGGAAUUCCGGGCUCACAAAGCCAUCUUAGCAGCGCGUUCUCCAGUGUUUUGUGCCAUGUUUGAACAUGACAUGGAAGAGAGGAGAAAGAACCGAGUUGAAAUCAGAGAUAUGGAACCCGACGUGUUUAAAGAAAUGAUGUCCUUCAUU